UGAUAAAGUUUAACGGCUACAGUGUUUCGAUUUUGGCUUUCACCAUAAAAGGAGAUGGACCACUAAGCGCAGAUGUAUCCGCCAUGACUGAAGAGGACGUUCCUAUUGGGGCUCCUUUCGAAGUACAUGGAAGGAACACGAGCGCUUGGAGUCUUCUGAUCGAAUGGGAAUUUGACCCGAAUGUACGGCUAGUGCUUGGUGUACUCCUCGGAUUUAACGUGCAUUAUUUAAAUGUAAACGACAGCAGUGCACUUUGGAAGGUUAAAACAGUUCAUGAUCCCCUGGCCCGCCAAACGAUACUAACAGGCCUUGAGGAGUACAGAGAUUAUAACAUUACUGUUACCGCGUUCACCAAGAUUGGCGACGGUGCCAAGAGCCCUUUUAUAGUCAGCAGAACAGACGAGCACGUCCCCAGGGCUCCUCCAAAUAACGUCAUUGCUAUAAACACAAGCUCAACAAGUCUUCGCGUGGACUGGGGCGAGGUCCCCUUCCCUGAUCACUUGGGUAUUAUCCGAGGAUACAGGCUCAUUAUGUGGAGAACCAAUCACAGUGAAGUUAUUUUAAGGAACAUAACAAUAUUGGCUCCAACGCGAACGUUCAGCCUCUCAGGAUUAGAGAAGUAUACAAACUACACAAUCCAGGUGUCGGCGUUCACAACCAAAGGAGAAGGAACUAAGAGCGAGCCGACAGUUGUUAUCACUGACGAGGAUGUGCCAACCAGGAGGCCCUCGCAUAUUGCCGCCUGGAAUACGAGCUCUACAUCCAUCUUAUUGUCAUGGAAGCCAUUGGCUGACCCCUACUUUCUUCACGGCAUACCCCGUGGUUACCUCAUCACUUACAACAGAAUAGAUGGUCUGGAAUCCACCGUACAAGUACAAGUGCACAGCUCAACAUUGUCUCUGGAGGUGGAAAGUUUAGACGAGUACGUUGAGUAUCAAUUCAGGGUUUGUGCCUUUACAGUGAAGGGAGCAGGUCCUUUUUACAGUAUCAACUGCACAACAGAUCAGGAUGCCCCAGGAGCUCCCCCGCAACACGUUUUUGGCUACAACAUCAGCAAACAUGACAUCCAGGUCCUUUGGGAGGAAGUUCCCUUUCGUGACGUCAAUGGCAUCCUGCUUGGAUAUAUGGUUUUCUUCAAUGAGUCAUCGGACGAAGUCUUUAAUGAAACUGUUCCAUUUCCAAGAAAAAACGUCACUUUAAGCUUUCUAAGACCAUAUACCUUCUACACGAUACAAGUGCUCGCAUUUACCAUAAAAGGAAAUGGCCCAAAGAGCCCGCCAAUAAUCGUAAGAACAGAAGAAGAAGCACCUCAGGUAUACCCCUGGAAUGUGACUGGGUACAACACUACCUCUCGGUCUAUCCACUUACAGUGGUCUGCUAUUCCACAGGAAUUAGUGGCUGGCGUUUUACGGGAAUACAGAGUAGUCUACGUCGAAUUGAACGAUUUGAAUUAUCCGGUAAAGACGCAUGUGCUAAGAAUGCCAAUCGACCAAUUGUCUGUAAACCUGACAAAUCUUGAAAAGUAUACCAACUACAGUUUUCAAAUUCAAGGAAUCAGCAAGUUCUUUGGUGUAAAUAGUCCACCCAUUAUUAUCAUCACAGAUCAAGAUGUGCCGAGUCAUCCACCGCUGAAUAUCAUCUCAACUAACACAAGUUCCACAAGUCUAUUGAUCACAUGGGAACACAUUCCCAAGAAACUCAUUCAUGGCAUUCUCCUGGGAUACCGAGUGUUUUAUCAUCAGCGCGCAAACGAAUAUUAUGGGGGAAGAAGGAACAGAAGAUCAGUCGAAACUAUUAACGAAACAAUUCGAACCUUACCCCCGAAUGCAACAUCUCUUAGGAUAUUCAACCUAAAAAAGUUUACUUAUUAUUCCUUCCAAGUUGUUGGCUUUACGAGUAAAGGCGACGGCCAAAUAAGCCUAACUUAUAACGUGAGCACAGAUGAGGACAUCCCUAGUAAGCCACCUAUGGGACCUAGCGCGGUUAACUUGAGCGGACCACAUUCCAUUUUGGUUUCCUGGAAACCAGUCCCAGAGGGUUUUGUGCACGGUAUCUUGUUAGGAUAUCGCAUCCUCUACAGAGUACUAAGUAUAGCUGAAGUAAACGUAAGGCAACCUACGGUAACUGCGACAGCCAAACCAACAGCACUAAAUAUUACCUUGACACAGCUUCUGAAUUACGCUGUAUAUGACAUACGAGUGUUAGCAUUCACAGUGAAAGGGGACGGAAUGGACACUCGAAGCAUAAUAGCUGAAACUUGCAGAUGCCCACUGCAAAUGACGACCAACUGGCAUUCCCUGCCUCCUUACAUGAAAAGUGUCAAGGUUUCUAACAAGGGAACUAUUCCAUUCAUAUUAAACUGGGCAACUCACACGUGUUGUCUACCUUGCGCCAAUGGCCACGGAUCCUCUUCAGUGGAUUAUGAGCAUGACAGAGGAGGAGUAACCGCUGAAAAGGAUAACGUGUCGUCAGUACACAAGAUUGAGUACGAGUCGGACUUCAGCUUUCCCAUAGAGGGAUACAGGGGUCAAUCUACAUUUGGGGUGUAUCGCUACGUACCCUUAAUGGAGUCGCCCGGGGUGGCUUUUGUCGCUCCUGUACCGUCACUUGAUGAGAGAGCCAGUUUUGUGAUAUGGGUCACUACUGCCUGCUUUCCUAUGUUUCUCCUGUCAUUGUUAAUGAUGGUGCUGGCCGCAAGUGUUAUAUGGGUUCUGGAAUCGACUGCUAACCCGGAGGAGUUUCCAAGUUCGUUCACCGGGGGAUUAUGGGAAGGAUUUUGGUGGUCCUUUAUCACAUGCACGACACUAGGUUAUGGUGACAAGAUUCCUCGUACUUUUCUGGGGCGACUUUUUGGGAUAGCCUGGACACUAUUCGGCCUCGUUAUGAUGUGGUUUCUUGUAGCUGAUAUGACCAAUGCUCUUAUAUCAUACUCUAUGCUUCAAACCACUAACAGGAAAGUUUACGGUGCUAGGGUUGGAGCCAUCCAAGGUUCCCCGGAAUAUUUACUUGGACUGCGCAAGGUGGCCAAUAUGAAUCCAGUUCAACAGUAUCAUACAUACUAUGCCAUAAACAAAGCUCUCAAAGACAAAGAAAUAGAUGGUGCCCUUAUUGACGUGUAUGUCCUGUCUAUGCAAAAGCAUCUGUCCUCCAACCGUAAUUUGCGCGUAAUUAAAGUCUUCGACUAUAAGAAGACCUACGGAGUGGUUCUGGCAGGGCCGUCAAUGAAGUUAGAAAAGUGUUUCCUUGACUUUGUAAAAUUCAACAAACGGGAGAUUUAUCACAGGAUUCAAGAAACGAUAUGGUUACCAAGGCCUCAGGAGGAAUCAGUUGCGGAGGAGAUGAGCGGCGGAUUGUUUGACACAAAUAGUUCUCAGUUCUCUUUCAGCUAUCUCUUCCUAACGAGUGUCUUGGGCUUUGCACUUCUUUGCGGGUUGGUGGGCCAGAUCUAUUGCAAGAAAGUAAAACAGCACUCAAACAUAAUAGGCCCUGACAAACAUUUUGCGUCCUUGCGACAAGAAUUGAGUCAAGAGGUGAACACAUUUUAUCUGAGGGUCUCUAAAAUUGCCAACGAACUGAGGAGAGCUCAUAUCAAGGAAAAACGACAGCUCCUGGAACGCAGAAGAAGAAAAAGCUUCUUCCAAAUCACCCUGACUUCGGUUAGAAAGUUACCACCGACAAAUGACAUAGAUUGAACCUGUUCUAGAUCUUGCAACAUUGUUUUGCGUAAACGAUUAAAGAAAAGAUUGAGCAAAGGUUCGCAAAGGUUCGCAAGACGUGAUGUCACAAAAACCCUGUUGGUUGUAUAAACAAUGGCCUUCAUUUGGCGUGAAGUAUGCACGGAUAUUUAUCCACGCACAUUUAUCCACGCACAUUAUCUGUUCCGAGAUGCGAACAGUUUUCCGAGAGCGAAGCUCAAGGAAAACUGUGAGCUUCGAGGGGCAGAUAAUGUGCAAGGACAAAUAGACGAGCAUAUUUUCGCGCCAAAUGGAAGUUAUUGUGUUUAUUAUUCUUCAAAUAUUUUAAUCGCGCAGGAUGAAUGUUUAUGGACGGCUUAACGUUUACGGUGUGGUAUGUUCUCUAAUACGAUUUUAUGAACAAAGAAAAGAACAUGUUUCUUCUUCUGUAACAACCAUCUUGACUUACGCGAUCACAAUAGAGCAGGGAGCCAUUGUCGAGGACAAAAAUCUAUAGUAUAAUUAUUAUAUUGUAUUGUAUGGAAAAAUUCACGUUGGAUACGCUUCUUCAAAACCACUCCACUUCAGAACAGUUCGCAGUUCAUGUGGUGGGAAAAAAACUGCAGACAAAGGUGUAAUAAAUGUCAUAUAAAUAACCAACAGCCUUUAUUUUAUUAUAAAAUAUGCUCCAGACUCUCAGUGUUCCUUCAUACGACUAAGUGAGCGGACAAGUUUGUCUCUUCCUUUGUUAUAAAAAGGAAGACCUUUAUCGCGUUGAGCACAAAGUUUGAAAAUUGGGGAAUGUAAUGAAGAAAAUAUCACCGAACGAUCGCCUGUUUUACCCAUACGGCAUAUUUAGUCACGUGAUGCGUUAAAGCCGAUUGCGCGUACAGUAGUUUAAAAUAUUUGAUGCAUUAGAGCUAGUGAUAUUUGUCUCAAGAAAUAGAUAUUUAUCUUAGCACAUUUAGAUAACUUGUGAGAAUAAUAGGUUCCAUUGUAAUUCUAAAAUAUACUGCUCCGUAAGCUAAAUUCUUUUGCAUGAUCGGUUGCCACGAAAUACUUAAGAAAAUUGAAAAGUGAUGAGUUUCCGAUCACGAAGACAAUCUAGUUUUAUCACAAUACUCUUUUAAGCUAUUUUACUCUGAGAGACAAUACAACAACGUUCGAAGACAGGUAAAAGGUUCUUUGCUGAGGUUAAAAAGGUAUGACUUGAAUUUUAGACUCGACUUGUCCAAUUCGAACAGUAUUAAUACUGCCCUACGUCGAUAUGAACUGCAUCAUCAUCGAUCUUGCUGACCUGUUGUGGAAGGUCUGGCUCUUGACGCGGGCGCACGUCCACGUGUGUGGCUUCCUUCACUCGCUUCGUGGCCUUAACGUGUCGCACACAGCACGUUAUGACAAAUGAAAGCGACAAAAAAAUCACACAUCCGACAAAGAUUGAAAUCGCUAUGAAUUUUGAGUUCUUCUUUGGGUCAGCAGCUCUACUCUCAUCCCUUGAAACUAAACGCGCUUGUGUUGACCCACGCACAUGCUUGCGAUGCUUGUGUAUCUCGCUGUUAAGAUCAUGCGCAUGUCUUGAGAAAUCUGUCUUUGUCGUCAGAUGAGUUUCAGUUGUAAUAAAACCACUAGAUUUUUGAUGUCCAGCUUCAGGUUCCAGCCCAUACUCCAAACCGUGACCACGGGAAAUAGGAAAAGUCGCCGUCACAUCGAACAAAACCAAAACGCCCAAAAAUAUGACAAGAAGCGAUCUUUCCAUAGUUUAAACAAACGUAGCGAUAUAUUUCACAAUCUUCAUCCACAAACGUCCGAGUUAAAACUACGUCAUAAUGACGCAUAUCGUCGACGAAACUAAUUCCAAUUAGAGGAGAGCAGUUCCAAUUACUUUCAGCUGAACGUAAAUUAACCACAAGGCUACUUCAAAGUAGAUUCACUCAUUACCUCGCUGAGAGCACCUUGUCAUUCCAUUCUUUUGAGUCGAUGGCUUCUUUCCGAUUGUCCAGUAGCAUAACGAACAAAGGUG